GAGGGAAAGACAAAAGAAAGAGAGGGAGGCGUAGUAGGAGCAGGGGGAAGCGAGGGGACGGAGCAAAUGGCUACGGAGGAGACGGCAGGGGGAGCGCGCAAAGCCACCAAGAGCAAACUGUUUGAGUUCCUGGUCCAUGGAGUGGCCCCAGAGAAACCACACAUCUGCUUCUCCCUCCCUACCUGGCUCCAGCCCCCCAGGCCCCAGAGAAACCACACAUCUGCUUCUCCCUCCCUACCUGGCUCCAGCCCCCCAGGCCCCAGAGAAACCACACAUCUGCUUCUCCCUCCCUACCUGGCUCCAGCCCCCCAGGCCCCAGAGAAACCACACAUCUGCUUCUCCCUCCCUACCUGGCUCCAGCCCCCCAGGCCCCAGAGAAACCACACAUCUGCUUCUCCCUCCCUACCUGGCUCCAGCCCCCAGGCUGCAGAGUGACAGCAGCACCUGUGUGAAUGUGACUGGGCGAGGACGUGGACUCCAUUGCACCACAGCCUCUCUCCGCCUCACUGACUGGCUGGCCUCCGUUAUUUUAGUACUUAUUAGGAUCCCCAAUUAGCUGCUGCCGAGGCUGCGGCUACUCUUCCUGCGGUCCAAACAGGAAACAACCGUCCUGGAAUGCCGUCUGGAGCGAGGAUGCCCCACCAGGGUGCUCCCAUGGGCCCCCCCGGACCCCCGUUCGGUGGGAGCCCCGCGGUGCGGCCCGGCCUGCCAGCCCCGGUCAUGGAGCCCAGCCGCAAGAGACCUGCCCCCUCCCAGCAGGUCCAGCAACAGCAGAACGUCCAGAACCGGGCCAGAAAGAAGCCAGUGGGAUUCCCUGGAGCCAAUGAGAUGCCAGCGAGGCAGAUGGACAUGAGAGAUGCCCAGUCAGAUCCAACGCUCGGAUCAAACGCCAAGAGAAGGAAAAUGGCAGACAAGAUUCUUCCACAGAGGAUUCGUGAGCUGGUCCCGGAGUCCCAGGCUUACAUGGACCUGUUGGCCUUUGAACGUAAACUGGACCAGACCAUUAUGCGUAAACGGGUGGACAUCCAGGAAGCGCUGAAGAGACCCAUGAAGCAAAAGCGUAAACUGAGGCUGUACAUCUCCAACACCUUCAACCCUGCCAAGCCCGACGCUGACGACUCAGACGGCAGCAUUGCAUCAUGGGAGCUGCGGGUUGAGGGGAAGCUGCUGGAUGAUCCUGGGAAGCUGAAGAGGAAAUUCUCCUCGUUCUUCAAGAGCCUGGUGAUCGAGCUAGACAAAGACCUGUAUGGUCCUGACAACCACCUGGUAGAGCUGCUGACCAGUAAAGCGAAGCGAUUCAGCCUUCCAAAAGACAACAAACUCAAAGGGUCGAGAGCAAGGCUGCUCGUUGAAAGUUGGCAUCGCACUCCCACCACCCAGGAGACUGACGGCUUCCAGGUGAAGAGGCCAGGGGACGUGAGCGUGCGCUGCACACUGCUGCUAAUGCUAGACUACCAGCCCCCCCAGUUCAAGCUGGACCCUCGUCUUGCUCGCCUGCUGGGUAUCCACACCCAGACCCGCUCCUGUAUCAUCCAGGCCCUGUGGCAGUACGUCAAGACCAACAAGCUGCAGGACUCCCACGACAAGGAGUACAUCAACUGUGACAAGUACUUUCAGCAGAUCUUUGACUGCCCGCGGCUCAAGUUCUCGGAGAUCCCCCAGCGUCUCACCAACCUCCUCCUGCCCCCUGACCCCAUCGUCAUCAACCACGUCAUCAGCGUGGACCCUAAUGACCAGAAGAAGACGGCGUGCUAUGACAUCGACGUGGAGGUGGAGGACCCCCUGAAGAGCCAGAUGAGCAGCUUCCUGCUCUCCACCGCCAACCAGCAGGAGAUCGCCUCACUGGACAACAAGGUGGGACAACCACACAAGAAGGAUAGCCAAUCACAAUUACCCAAGAUGACCUUUAAGAUCCACGAAACCAUCGAGUCCAUCAACCAGUUGAAGAUCCAGAGGGACUUUAUGCUCAGCUUCUCCAGGGAUCCUAAGGGCUACAUCCAGGACUGGCUAAAGUCCCAGAGCAGAGACCUGAAGCUGAUGACGGACGUGGUGGGGAACCCGGAGGAGGAGAGGAGGGCGGAGUUUUACCACGAGCCCUGGUCCCAGGAGGCAGUCAGUCGUUACUUCUACAGCAAGAUCCAGCAGAGGAGACAGGAGUUGGAGCAGGCCUUGGCUGUGAGGAACACCUAAACGCCCUGUCAAGGACGCUCUCUCUCUCUCUCUCUCUCUCGCUCUCUCUCUCUCUGCACUCUUCAUCUGACCCCAGACCUGUGUUUUUGUGUGUUGUGUUUGUUUGUUUUUUAAUCGCUAGGGAACUGACCUCUUGCCCAUCCCCCAAUUGCAUGUGUCCAACAAAAAAAAACGGCCCUCAAUCUGUUCAGCUCUGACUGACCGACCAUCUCUCUCCACACUCCUGCGACCACAGGCCUUCGGCGGACAUUUUGUUUCUCGAAAGAACCCUAACACAGUGGGUUGCUUUUAAUGUCGACCACUUAGAACCCACCAGCAUGUCACUGUCUUUCCAUAGAGACUAGAAGUCAUUGUACCAGCUGCCUGCAGAACGAUCACUGUUUUAGAGCCUUCUCAUCUCAACCAGAUGGACUUUCCUGCUGAGUCAUAGUGGCCCACUGCGUCUCAUUCGGAUGAGCCCAAAGUGGUCGUUUGUAAACCCAAUGUUUCAAGUGUCUUGACUCACACACAGUGGAUUGUGCCCAUUGUUUUAGUGUAUCAUUAGUGGUAUUGUUCAUGUGAGCAAUAUGCUCCAAGUGUGCAUGUGUGUUUUUUGAUGUGUGGAACCAAAUGUACACCAGCAGAAUGAAGAGAUUACUGUUUGAAGUAACGGGUCGGGGGACUGGGCUAAUUUCCCUUCUGAAGCCCAAAUGUUGAGGUCUGUCAUUUAAAAAAUGAACUUGUUCAAGGAAGGCAGCUUUCAUGAAUGAGAUUUCCCCCCAUUAUGAACUAAUCAAGACCCAGUCUAAGAUGAGUUUGUUUUGCACCUUUCUACCGUAAUUCCCUUAAACAAUGUAACUGUAAAAGUAGAUCUCUGUAUAAGCGAAUAUAUUCCAUCAGAUUAUAGUUAAAAGGGACAAGGAUGAAUAAAACUUAUAUCAGUUGACCGUAGAAGAUGGACGUUAACGCGAGGAGGUAACGGUAGGGCACAAGGCGAAGUAACGUAGUAACACUUGGUGGCCACAGCGUGGCGCCUUAGAGCCAGGACAGCCUGCAUGUUUUUACCCAGACUAACUCUCUGUAACGCAGAGCACCCAGACAGACUUGUCCCCUGAAGGCACUUCUUGACCGCAGUAAAUUACCGUGCAAAAUGGUUUAACGUUAGUGGUUAAAUGUUUGUGUUGCUAUUUUAGACAGAUAUGUAUUCCAGGGGCUCAUUGUCCCGUCGUAAUAACUGUGCAAAAAGUCAUGUUUGGGAACAGUAUUAGCUACAGAACCCUCUCAGUGCUCAAAUCAGUGUUUUUAAUGUUAACGAAGGACACAUUUUGGGAUAUGAUGUGAGAGUAACCAACAUUUCCUAUGUUGAAGAAUCAUGGGGCGGGCAGUGAAAAUGCAGCCUGACAAAUGUUGGCCUGAAACAUUUAGUAAUCCUUUUGUUCGAAAUGAAUGGGGAAAUAGGUCUUUGUUCAUUGUAUUUUUUUUUUAGUUAACAUCUAUUGUGAACUACCUGUCGCAAGUGGAUCUGUCUGACAGUAUUUUGUCCUUGGACGUUUUGAUAGAGUCACCAAAGGUCUCGAUGAAGAGUAUUAGAAUGGUUAAAUAGACAACGAAUAACGAUUACCGUGAUUUUGUCUAAACCCGAUAACGCUACGUUACCAGUUGACAUUGAACAAGGGUGAAUAUGACAACGUUUUUAAAGGAAACCUCUGAAUGUAAAUCUGUUUAGUUUUUUCUUCUUCAGGGAGAGCACUGUUUGUGUCAGUGUGUUUGGUUCAGUGAAGGGCGGGACAUGUGGUGGGAAGGAUCGGGGUCCAUACGUUUAAAGCUGUAGGACAGGGACGCUAGUGUCCCUCUGUGUACACUUGGGGGAAGGGUGUGGGGGACGGUUAUUUUAGGCCCUUCUUGUUGAGUUUUAAUAGGGCAGAACCACAAAAUGUAAUGCUGGGAGUGACGAUACCUCCCUCUCUCCCCACCCACAGGGAACGCUCAUCUCUUGAACUAACUUCCACAGCAACUCAGUUCUGUGCCCUUCUACAGUAGUUUUGUGCUUGCGAUUGGGAGAAGCCUUCUCAGAAAUCCGUUUUCUGAUAUGAAGUCAACACUGCUGUCUUCUGUAAGGUUCAGUCACAUCAAAAUUGUGUCCAUGUAACAUCUCUUUUGUGUCAACAUUUUCAACAUAGCUGAGACCUAACUCAGCAUAAACAAAGAGGUUGGAUUUCUUAAAGACGUAUGCAUGCUGCAUGGACAGGUUUGAAACAUUUAAAACGGAACAUGUAAAUACUCUCACAAAUGCAUGGAGGUGGAUCUGGAGAGCAAUGGAUUUGACACAAUGUCCAUGUUGAAGGGGCCUUUACUGAACAUUUGCUAAAACCUGUGCGCUACCCAACCAGCAUAGAUGUUAUCUGCAUAAGAGUUUUUGUUACUACAGGUUACGUGUAUUUCAACCGCACCAAGCAAGGGAGCAUAAUCGUUGUUGUAUUCAAUUAUGUGUCAAUCAAUACUUGUGUUUGACCCAGAUUGGUCUUGUAUGGUUGGCAGUCAUGGAGCAUUAUCGACUGUAGGGCUCCCCUUUCUGGGCUUUUUAGAAACUACAACUCACGGACGCCCUCUGUCUGACACAACGGAAACCUGGUGUCAUCUGACUAUAGACUGUACCUAAACUGUGUGCUCUCUCUCUCUCUCUCUCUCUCUGACUAAAAGCGUUGAUAUUGGUCUAUCUGAAUGGAUAGGUGGUAACCGCAGUUUCUGUGCAUGACUUUGUGAGGAGUGCCCAUGUUCCUCUUUCCACUGCUACACCAUUUUGUCUGUUGGUCACCACCAUGGAGAUAUAGCUCUCACUUGUGCAAAUGUGUUGGGUUACCCCAUUCUACAACAAAAAAAAAGCUAGUAAAAAAUAGAAAAAUGAAAUGAUGAAACUACAGCUGUGACUCAGUGAGACAGCCUGGAUGUAAAUAAAGAAGCGCUUGCCAAAGUUUGUAAAUGCC